AUGUCUGCGCCUAGCGUGCGCUCAACCCUGCAGGAGCUCAUCAAGCGCGAGGACUUGAAGAACAAGACUUGUAUAGACUGUGGCAAUCCGAACCCGCAGUGGGCUUCACUCAGCUUCGUCAGGUCAGUGUCUAUGGACACCUGGCAAGACGAGCAGAUCAGGCGAAUGAAGCUCGGGGGGAACGCGCCGUUCAGAGAGUUUAUGCAAUCCUACCCGGCAGAAGGCGGUUACAAGGAUGGAAUGAGCUCGUACGAGACGUAUCAUUGCUGGGCUGCUACUCAAUACCGCGAAAAGCUGGACGCUGAGUUGGCAGGGAGGCCAUGGGAGCCGUCUUCACCUCCAGCGAACUACAACGCUCCUGACACAGGCUCCAAUUCGCCAGGGCGGCCCUCGUCGGCUCAGGGUCUUAGGAAGUCACGAGCCUCCGCCCGCUCUAACACGGGCUCCAGUUUCCGCGACUCUCGGCCCACGUCCCCCUCGUCGCUCUCGUACUCACCGAACCCGGAGGGUAGCACGUCACCACCACUAGACCAGAAGACCGCCAAUGAGAGUUACUUUGCCAGGAUGGGACAGGCCAACGCUUCUCGGCCUGACAACCUGCCCCCAUCACAGGGUGGCCGGUACCAGGGCUUUGGCAAUACGCCGUCGCCGUCCCCAGGCUCGCAGCAUCCUUCCUUCGGUCUGUCUUCAGCAGCGGCGCCUACGCUGUCAGAGCUGCAAGAAAAUCCCGUGGCGGCACUCAGCAAGGGCUGGUCCCUUUUCUCGUCUGCUGUCGCCGGCGCGACACGCGUUGUGACCGAGAAUGUCAUCCAACCAGGCAUGCAGAAAGUCCAGGACCCAGCAUUUCAGGCUAGCGUCAAGGGUUACGUUGCCAAGGCUGGUGAAGUCGGCAGCUCGGCGAAUGAGUGGUCACGUCGGCAGCUAGGCGUAGAUGUGGUGGGCACCGUCGGCACCGUCAAAGACCGAGUGGGCCUCGGUAGACCCGACAGGAGCGCCUAUGGAGCUGUCGGUCAAGACCAGUAUGGAGAGCACUCUGGCAUGUACCAUGAUGACGACGACUUAUUCGGAGAGUUCAGCGGCGGUAACCAUGGCCAGGGUUCUGGCUUGUAUGACGGUGCUCAUCAAUCAACGACACUAUCAGGUACUACCAACACAUCUGGGAGCAGCAAGCCUGCAAAUACAAAACAAGAUGAUGGUUGGGAGGAUUGGUAA